GGGAGCUUGUGGCUGCGCUUUGGCUGAGCGCUCGGCCCUGCGCAGACACGGUCUUUCGGACGAGCCGUUCUCGAGCCGAGGACCAUGAACCGCAGCCGGCAGGUGACGUGUGUGUCGUGGGUCCGCAGCGGCGUGGCCAAGGAGACGCCAGACAAGGUCGAACUAAGUAAAGAAGAAGUAAAACGCCUCAUCAACGAAGCCAAGGAGAAGCUGCAGGAAGAAGGUGACAGUGAUGAAGAGGAGACCGGCGAGCCUUCAGAGGACAGCGUGCAGAGUGGGCGCACCCAGGCUCCGCCCAGGGAACCCCCUGAGGAUGGUGACCCAGAGGCUGACAGACUGCUGGCCGAUGACGAGCUGGCUGAGUACGACUUAGACAGAUACGAUGAGGACAGCGACCCAGAGGCUGAGACGCUGGGUGCAUCUCUCCUGGGCCUGACCGUCUAUGGGAGCAACGACCAGGACCCGUAUGUUACUCUGAAAGACACGGAGCAGUAUGAGCAGGACGAUUUCCUGAUCAAGCCCAGUGAUAACCUCAUCGUCUGUGGGAGAGCUGAACAGGACCAGUGCAAUUUAGAGGUGCACGUCUACAAUCAAGAAGAAGACUCGUUUUAUGUCCACCAUGAUAUCAUCUUGUCUGCGUAUCCUCUGAGUGUGGAGUGGCUGAAUUUUGAUCCUAGCCCAGAUGAUGCUACUGGAAACUACAUCGCUGUGGGAAGCAUGAACCCCGUGAUUGAAGUGUGGGACCUCGAUAUUGUGGACUCGCUAGAGCCGAUCUUCACACUUGGAAGUAAGCGAUCCAAAAAGAAGAAGAAAGGAAAGAAGGUGUCCUCGGCAGAAGGCCACACCGAUGCCGUCCUUGACCUGUCCUGGAACAAGCUCGUCAGGAAUGUGCUGGCCAGUGCGUCAGCAGACAACACCGUGAUCCUGUGGGACAUGGCUGUGGGGAAGCCAGCAGCCAGCCUGGCAGUGCACACAGACAAGGUGCAGACCCUGCAGUUCCACCCCUUUGAAGCUCAGACCCUGAUUUCUGGAUCCUACGAUAAGUCCGUGGCCCUGUAUGACUGCCGCAGUCCAGAUGAGAGCCACCGCGUGUGGCGCUUCAGCGGGCAGGUGGAGCGGGUGACCUGGAAUCACUUUUCACCGUAUCACUUUCUGGUCAGCACGGAGGACGGCUUUGUGUACAACCUGGAUGCGCGUUGCGACAAGCCUGUCUUCACCCUGAACGCUCACAGUGCUGAGAUCUCAGGGCUGGAGCUGAGCAGUCAGGUCAAGGGCUGCCUGGUGACUUCUUCAGCCGACAAGCACGUGAAGAUUUGGGACAUCCUGGGGGACAGGCCCAGUCUGGUCCACUCGAGGGACAUGAAAAUGGGUGUGCUCUUCUGUGCUGCCUGCUGCCCUGAGCUGCCGUUCAUGUACGCCUUCGGAGGCCAGAAGGAGGGGCUCCGGGUCUGGGACAUCAGUACAGUCUCCUCAGUGAAUGAAGCAUUUGGAAGACGCGAGAGGCUUGUGCUCGGCAGCCCAAAAAGUUCCUCCAUCAGCAGCCCGCUGGGGAGCAGGAGCUCAGACCCGCCCAUGGAGGCUUAGCAUCAAGCGGAUCCCUUCCUGGUUUCUGGACUUCAACCCCGGGCCUUAGGACGCUGGCCCACAAAAGUUCUCUGUGCAGCUGCAUGAAGUGGGGUAGUGACCAAGGGGGGAAGACCCCUCCUGUCUGCCGGACACCCCCCUCGGUGAGGGCAGGCCAGCCACACCCCUCAAGCCCGGCUUCCUGUUUGCCAUUUAAACACACGGUGUACAGAGCACCCGCUGUGGUGGCCAGGACUAAUAAAAAGGGUUUGAAGCAGUCA